UCAAGAAAGAAUUUAACUUUUUCAGGGAAAUUCAAUUAGGGCCUAAUUUUCGGGGUUUUAGCGAGUAAAACUUCAUUUCCUGAAUUGAUAAUUUGAGCGCGUUUUGUUAAUUGAAAGAAAAUGUUGGAGAAAUACGCUUCCCUUUUUAACCACUUGCUAUCCCACUCGUUUUUGCCCUUAAAGCGUAAAGUUCCGUGCAUACUGCAAGUUUUCACUUUAACUGUUUGUGUAUUUUUGUGUUGUCAACAACUAUUGCAACUGCACUUAGUUAAAAUGUCCCCAAACGGAAAAACUAACGGGGCAGAUAAACCGGAGCAAAAUGAGUCGCCUCAAACUGAAUCUCCAGACAUGGCCUCAGGCCUAAGUUUGGCAAGUCAUGAGGCGCACAUUUUGGAAAAAUUGCAGUCUUUGGGGCUCGAUGAUGCCGCCCCAGAAAGCGUCAGCUCGACGAUCUUGAAUGACACCAGUCUGGAUGGAGUUGUAGCAUACAUCAACAAUAAAGGCUGUAAGAAUGUUGUUACCAUGGCUGGUGCAGGAAUAUCUACUUCCGCGGGAAUCCCAGAUUUUCGUUCAGCCGGAACCGGCUUGUACCAUAACUUGCAAAAGUACGAUUUGCCCUGUCCUGAAGCCAUCUUUCACCUGUCGUUCUUCCGCAAAAACCCGAAGCCAUUCUUCGUGCUGGCUAAGGAACUCUUUCCUGGAGCAUUCAAGCCUACGGCGUGCCAUUAUUUCAUUCGAUUACUACACGAAAAUGGUCUGUUGUUGAGACACUAUACGCAAAAUAUCGACGCCCUGGAACGCGUCGCCGGUAUUCCAGACGAAAAACUUGUUGAAGCACACGGCACGUGCUACACUGGCCAUUGUCUGGAAUGCAGGAAGAAAUAUGGUUUAAAAUGGAUGAAAGAACGGAUAUUCAAAGAUGAAAUACCAAUUUGUGAAAAAUGCCCCGGCAUCGUAAAACCAGAUAUAGUGUUUUUUGGGGAAAAUCUACCUGCAAAGUUCUACAAUUCAAUCGACGUAGAUUUCGAAAAAUGUGACCUGCUGAUUAUCUUGGGCUCUUCAUUGGAAGUUAAUCCAUUUGCUAGCUUGAUUGACAUGCCUUCUUCCUUGACGCCUAGAUUGUUGAUCAAUAGGGAAAAAGCUGGCCAUCGAACUGGUGCUAUGGCAUUGUCGGAUAUUCCUGGCGGUCUGGAAUUUGAUCGUAAAGGAAAUACGCGAGAUGUGGCUUGGUUGGGCGAUUGUAACGACGGCUGCCAAUUACUAGCUGAUAGACUUGGAUGGGGCGAAGAAUUGAAAGAAAUGGUGAGGAAAGAACACGAAAAACUCGAUAAGUCUAAAACACAAGAAACAGCGCCGAUUGCUCCUUCAUCCGAUGAGGCACUUGAUUGCCAAUAAUUAAUGCAACAUUUGGCAUAUGUGAUAAGAAGUUAAGUUUAUUUAUGUUGUUUAUAUUGUUUACAUAUUUAUAUAAGUAUAUGGGAGUUUGAUGUUUAAAAUCCAGUUCCCAAACCAAAGGCGUGCUUGCAAAAACGGUGCUGAUAGAUAUUUUUAACGUAAAUUAAGGCAGAUCCAGUGUCGUAAAUUAAUAUUAAUUUCCUUCCCUUGCUGGUGGCAGCUCCUCAUAUAAUUUCGUUUUGUUUUUUUCUUUUUUGAUUUUUUCGGGGCGUUAAAAACAUCGGUCGCAAAUCUCGCCGGAUUAUUUCAGCAAGACCUCGCUUACCUAAAUGACUAUUAGCAUUUGAUAAAAAGAUUAUGGCUGUUAUAAGUGGGUGCGACUUUAAUCAAACAUUGCCUCGAUGAUUCCCAACUGUUAACGAGUGCCUCAAAAAUAAAUCGUUCGCAAUAUAUCGACAAUGUUUAAA